UCUAAAACUAAAAGCAAAAUGAAAUCGUACAGCUUAUAGCAGUCGAGUUAACUUUUAUAUCAAAAUAAAAUAUUUCUAUUUAUUUUAUUGUCGAUUAUUAAUAAUCACAAUGAAAAGUGCAUUGAUGGUGGCUGAAAAGCCAUCUUUAGCCCAAAAUCUUGCCAAUAUUCUGAGUAAUGGCAAAUGCAAUACCAAUAAAGGUUCAAAUUCAGCCUGUGCGAUUCACGAAUGGAAUGGCACAUUUAAGAAUGAACCAGUCCGAUUUAAAAUGACGUCUGUGUGUGGGCAUGUAAUGUCUUUAGAUUUCACCGGUAAAUAUAACAACUGGGAUAAAGUUGAUCCCAUUGAAUUAUUCAGCUGUCCGACAGAAAAGAAAGAAGCAAUGCCCCGUCUUAGGAUACCAGCAUUUUUAGCUCAGGAAGCAAAAGGUUGUGACUAUCUUAUUUUGUGGUUAGAUUGUGAUAAAGAGGGGGAAAAUAUCUGUUUUGAGGUCAUGUCCUGUGUUCAGCCAUAUAUGAAGGGUGAUGUUUUGUCCCCUCAAGUGACAUAUCGAGCGCGUUUCUCUGCUAUUACAGAUAAAGAUAUAAAAGCUGCCAUGUUGAAUCUCAUUAGGCCUAAUGAAAACGAGUCUCGCAGUGUGGACGCGCGGCAGGAACUUGAUUUACGCAUUGGUUGUGCAUUUACACGUUUUCAGACAAAGUACUUUCAAGGUAGAUAUGGUGAUCUGGACGCGUCCCUUAUAUCGUAUGGUCCCUGCCAAACACCAACUCUCGGUUUCUGUGUCCAGCGUCAUGACGAAAUUCAGACUUUCAAACCGGAAACCUACUGGGUGUUAAGAGUGACAGCUUCGACGAGUGAAGGUCGAGAACUACCGUUGGAAUGGAAGCGAGUCAGAAGUUUCGAGAAAGAUAUUGCCAAUAUGUUCCUCGCUGGUAUCAAGGAAAUAAAAGAGGCCACUGUCAUAAAUGUCCAAGCGAAAGAGAAGGUGAAGCCUCGGCCUGCAGCUCUCAACACGGUGGAGCUGAUGAGAGUUGCCAGUUCUGGACUGGGCAUGGGGCCACACCAUGCUAUGCAGAUCGCGGAACGUCUAUACACUCAAGGUUAUAUUUCAUAUCCGAGAACUGAAACUACGAGCUACCCGGAAAACUACGACUUACUGGGUAUGCUUCGUCAGCAACAGCACUCGCCCAAGUGGGGUACAGAGGUUCGAGCCAUUAUCGCGAACGGUGUCAGCAAACCCAAGAAGGGCCACGACGCGGGCGACCAUCCUCCCAUCACGCCUAUGAAGUCAGCCACGGAGUCCGAGCUAGAGGGCGACAUGUGGCGUAUAUACGAUUACGUUGCGCGUCACUUCAUUGCGACACUUUCGAGGGACUGCAAAUACUUGUCGACAAUAAUAACCUUCCAAGUGGGCUCCGAAACGUUCACGUACACGGGGAAUACGCUCGUGGACGCCGGUUACACGGAGAUUAUGCAUUGGCAGGCAUUCGGCAAAGACGAAUUCGUGCCGCUGCUCAACGUGGACGACGUGCUGCGCGCGCACGACCACCGCCUCGUGGAGUGCCAGACCUCCCCGCCAGACUACCUCACCGAGUCGGAGGUAAUCACUUUAAUGGAAAAGCACGGGAUAGGCACGGACGCCUCUAUCCCGGUUCACAUUAAUAACAUCUGUCAGCGGAACUACGUAAGCGUCGGCAGCGGCAGGAGGCUCGUGCCAACCAGUCUGGGGGUGGUGCUCGUACAUGGCUACCAGAAGAUUGAUCCAGAACUAGUUCUCCCGACGAUGCGCUCGGCUGUGGAAGAGCAGCUCAACCUGAUAGCCGUGGGACGCGCAGACUUCCACGCCGUGCUGGCCCACACCACCGAGAUAUUCCGGAGGAAGUUUCAGUACUUUGUGCGGUCAAUCGAGGCCAUGGACCAGCUGUUCGAGGUCAGCUUCUCGUCGCUCAAGUCGAGCGGGAAGGCGUUGUCUCGCUGCGGGAAGUGUAGGCGGUAUAUGCGAUAUAUUCAGGCCAAGCCGGCGCGCCUGCACUGCUCGCACUGCGACGACACGUACGCGCUGCCGCAGAACGGCACGGUGCGCAUCUACCGCGAGCUCAAGUGCCCGCUGGACGACUUCGAGCUGCUCACGUGGUCCUCGGGCAGCAAGGGCAAGAGCUUCCCGCUGUGCCCCUACUGCUACAACCAUCCACCCUUCAGGGACAUGAAGAAAGGAUUCGGAUGUAAUUCGUGUACCCACCCCACGUGUCCUUACGGCGUUAACUCGACCGGUGUGUCCGGUUGUGUCGAAUGUGAUGGAGUUUUAGUCCUCGAUCCUUCGGCUCCGAAGUGGAAGCUCGCUUGUAAUCGGUGCGACGUGAUCAUCAACAUCUUCGAGGACGCGUCGCGCGUGUCGGUGUGCGAGAGCGCGUGCGGCGCGUGCGGCGCGCAGCUCGUGAGCGUGGAGUACCGCGCCGAGCGCACGCGCCUGCCCGCCGCGCUCACCGACAUGACGGCCUGCCUCUACUGCGAGCCCAGCUUCAGCGCGCUCGUGGAGAAGCACCGCGCGGUGUCGUCGCGGGGCGGCGGCGCGCGCGGGCGCGGGGGGCGCGCGCGCGGCAAGCACCGCAACAAGCAGCCCAAGGACAAGAUGGCGCAGCUCGCCGCCUACUUCGUGUGAGCGCGCCUGGCGCCUGCGCACUGUGCUGACGUCACUAUUUAUCUCGUAAAUUAUACUAUUUGCCAACAACUGGAAUGUAAAUGUAUACCGCGUUUAUGUGUUCCACAUUUCUCGCCUGACUCAGCAAUAUUGAUGGCGUAAUAAAGAACUAGGAAUUGUGUAAUAUCCAUUUUAUUAUUUAUUAUUUGCAUUUCAGCAGCGAUGAUUUCUUUAGCACCACUUUGCUACAGAGUUGAGUUGAGUUAGCACCUGUCUUGGAUAUGAGAGGUGCUAACUGACCUGGCAAUAUAAAAAAGAUAUGUCCACGCUUAAAGUCCGAGUAGAGUAAGAUGCGUAAUAAAUGUCCAGACUCAAAUGAUUCGACUAAUGAAUUUUUUGUGUUCUUAAAUCUCCAAUCUUCUAAAACGAAAAUCCGUAACGCAAAAACUGUUGCAUAUAUAACCGUUUUAUUGUCGACCUCUACGUCCUAACCUUUCUGUAACCAUUUCAGUCGAAGAGGGACUAAAGAUAAACAGACCCUUGAUUUACAUAUUCCAUGCGAUUUGCUAUUAGCUCUGCUGUAUUAGGCUCUACAAACAGUUAUCUGCAUAUAUUGCGUUGCAAUGUCACACCGCAUUUAUGUGUAUCGGCCCUAAGUAUAUUAUUUUUACUUAACACUUCAUUUAAUAGUACUUUUUACGAGUAAUAUUUUGUAUUACUUUCUAUAGCAGUAUGAUAUUGUAAAUGUUAAUAAUAUUUUUUAGUACUGUACUUUGUGAAAUUAAUAAAAAAGAUACUAAUUA